GGAUCUGAUUCGAAAUCAUACGUUGAUGUUCCCUUGAAUACCUUUAACCAUUAGGCCUGAGAGUUGUGGCUCUUGUUUUUCUUGGUCCCUGGUGCUGAGAUGGCAAGAUAUGAUAGACCCUGAAAACUCGAAGAAGGCGUCUAAUGAAGCCAAACUCUUCCCAAACGUUAUCCUAUCCAGAAUCUACUCGUCCCAUAAUCUGACCUUUGCUUUCCAGGCGGGGAUUCGCUUCUCAAUCUCAUGGAUGAUAUUCAAACCCCUUUAACAAACUCCUCUCCCACUACUUCCAAAGUUGCUGCAAAUUCAUUCUCGUUUCACUUUUUUUCUAAUUUCAGUCCAACUGCAAGCUGUGUUUCUCAAGUCGAGAUCACUACAUAUCAUUAUCUCAAAUUCUGUUAAUUUUUGCCAAUCUCCUUGAACACACCAAAGAUUGGUAAAUCAUGAUGUAGAUAACAGCAUGACUGGGACUUCAGUCCUUAAGCCAACCAAAUUCUUUUCACCACCAGCAGAUCCACCACAAAGCCCAGAAUUAAGUUUGAGGUUGAAGGAGCAAGAGUGCUUAUCUCUCCUGAAGAAGUGCAAGAACUUGGAAGAAUUCAAGCAGGCUCAUGCCCAGAUCGUCAAGUGGGGUUUCUUUUGGAACUCCUUUUGUGCAAGCAAUCUGGUGGUUGCAUGUGCUCUCUCAGAUUGGGGUAGCAUGGAUUAUGCCUGUUCAAUUUUUCAACAAAUUGAUGAACCUGGUACUUUUGAUUUCAAUACAAUGAUUAGAGCUCAUGUCAAAGACAUGAACUUUGAAGAAGCUUUAUUUUUUUAUUAUGAGAUGCUUGAAAGAGGAAUUGAGCCCGAUAAUUUCACUUAUCCUUCUCUUUUCAAGGCAUGUGCCUGGUUACAGGCACAAGAGGAAGGAAUGCAAAUUCAUGGGCAUGCAUUUAAGCUUGGCUUUGAAAAUGAUCUUUAUGUUCAAAACAGCUUGAUCAAUAUGUAUGGCAAAUGUGGGGAGAUAAAACAUUCUUGUGCAGUUUUUGAGCAAAUGGAUGAAAAGAGUGUUGCUUCUUGGAGUGCUAUUAUUGCAGCACAUGCUAGUGUGGGAAUGUGGUAUGAGUGUUUGAUGAUUUUUGGGAACAUGAGUAGUGAGGGAUGUUGGAGACCUGAAGAAAGCACACUGGUUACUGUGCUCUCUGCUUGCGCUUAUUUGGGUGCUCUGGAUUUGGGGAAGUGCACGCAGGGGUCCUUAUUGAGGAACAUUAGUGAACUCAAUGUCAUAGUACAAACUUCCUUGAUAGACAUGUAUGUCAAAUGCGGGUGUUUGGAGAAAGGUUUAUCAGUAUUUCGAAAGAUGGCCAAAAGGAACCAAAUGUCCUAUACUGUAAUAAUUUCAGGGCUUGCUACGCAUGGACAUGGUGAAGAAGCUCUAAGGAUAUUCUUAGAGAUGCUUGAAGAAGGUCUGGACCCGGAUGAUGUUGUCUAUGUGGGUGUAUUAAGUGCUUGCAGUCACGCUGGCCUCAUUCAUGAGGGCUUCCAAUUCUUUGAUAGACUGAAAUCUGAGCAUGGGAUAAAACCUACAGUUCAGCAUUAUGGUUGCAUGGUAGACCUCAUGGGAAAAGCUGGGAUGAUCGAUGAAGCUCUUGAGUUUAUCAAGAGCAUGCCUAUCAAGCCCAAUGAUGUGGUCUGGCGAAGCCUUCUUAGUGCUUGUAGAGUUCAUUGUAACUUGGAAAUAGCAGAGAUUGCAGCUAAGCAUCUAUUCCAGUUGAACUCACAAAAUCCCGGUGACUAUGUGAUACUGUCAAAUAUGUAUGCACGAGCUCAAAGGUGGCAGGAGGUUGCUAAAAUUCGUGUGGAAAUGGCUAGAAAAGGUUUACACCAGGUGCCAGGAUAUAGCUUGGUUGAGGUGGGGAGAAGAAUCCACAAGUUUGUUUCACAAGACACGUCUCAUCAUCAAUGUGAAAGUGUUUACGAGAUGAUUCACCAGAUGGAAUGGCAGUUGAAAUUUGAAGGUUAUUCCCCAGAUACAUCACAUGUAUUGCUUGAUGUAGAUGAAGAAGAGAAAAGACAAAGAUUGAAAGGUCAUUGUCAGAAGUUAGCAAUUGCAUUUGCACUCAUACAUACAUCUCAGGGUUCUCCUGUAAGAAUAACUAGAAACCUCAGGAUGUGCAAUGACUGUCAUACGUAUACCAAACUAAUAUCCAUCAUCUAUGAACGUGAAAUUACCGUAAGAGAUCGUAAUCAGUUCCACCAUUUUAAAGAUGGAACUUGUUCUUGUAGGGAUUACUGGUGAUUUGAUAAUUUCCAUUAUCAUGAUUUUCUUCCCUCUGCCUUGGAAUACUUUUUUCUUUUUUUUGUUGUAUAUAGGAGUCCACAGCUUGAGAAUAGAAAAAGAGGUUGUAGAUGCUGGAACACAAAUUCUAUAUUUGCUAAAUGUCACCUUUGAGCGACUACACGAGCUAACUAAACUAAGCUCCGGACUUAUCUUGGAAUAUAAUUUCCUUCUACAUUAAACUCUAUACAAGGACAAUUGGUCUAAGCAAAUAUAAAUUAG